UAUGAUCACCUAUUCAAAUGUUCCACCCAGAUCUAUUACUCCAAAACCCUCUUAUUUAGCAGUUGUAAAUUAUUCAUAAUAUACUUUAGCCUUCACCUUAACUACAUUCAUAAAAGAUUAUUCCUAAUCAAUAUGUUUAACCUAAAUAAAUUGUACCAACUACAGAAAUCAUUCGUAUUAUACCAAGUGAACCCUAAUAAAUACCAUAAUAAGAUCAAAAUUAAUUUAAUGGAUUAUCAUUACCUGAACUUAAGGCUUUCCUUGAAGAUUUAAUGAAACGUUAUGAUAGAUUAGCUUAAGAAUUAUAAAAGGCUGCUUAGAAAGAAAUUUAUUUAUAAAAUUAAUUAACAAUAGCUUAAACAGAAUUAAACAAUAAAUUGUUAUAUUUUUAACAAGAAAGAGAAGCAUUUUAAUCUACAAUUAAUAAUAAGAACUAAGAAAUAGAUUUCUUGAAUUCAUAAAUAGAUAAAUUAAAAGAAUAACAUUUCAAUGAAAAUUAGGAAUUGAAAACAGAUAAUGAAUAAAUUGCUUUAGUUUUAACUGACAAAUUGGAUUAAAUGAAUUAAUUUGCCAAAGAAAAAAUGAUAGAACUUGAUUAAGCUAAAAGUCUUCUAGUCCUUAGAGAAUAAGAAGUACAAGAAUGGAGAUCUAGAAAGAAUAAUGGAGAUGUAUAUUCUUAAGAAAUUAACUAAUUAAAAUAAAAAAUCUAUUUAUUACAAUAAGAGAAAGAUUAAUUAAUGGAUAGACUUAGAUAUUCUUCAUAAGAUAAUUAAGUAGUCAAUGAAAAUUAAAUGUUGAGAGCUUAAUUACAAGAAAAGGAAUCUGAAGUCAACACUUUACGAUUGAAAGUAUACUAUUUAUUAUAUUUAAGUUUUAAUAUGGAUAAUAAAACAAUAAUGAUCAAUAAUUAUAUUAAGAAUUAGAAUAAGCUAAAUAAGAGAUAAUGUAUUACAAAUAAUAAUUAAUGAAUGGUGGUCACACAGAUAAUUUAGAAGAAAUUGAAGAUUAUAAGGAUAAAGUUUAAAUAUUAGAAAAUGAAAUUAGACGUUUGAAUAGAUAAGUAUAUAGAUAAUCUAAUAUUUUUAGUUGACAGAAAUGAGACAUGAAUUAGAAGAUCAUAAAAAUCAUAAAUCUGAUAAUGAAUUUCUAAGAUCUAAAUUAUCAGAUCAAUAAAAUCAAAUAAGAGAAAUAUCAAAAUCCUAAUUAGGAUAUAAAGACAGAGUUCCUUAAUAUUACUGA